AUGGGUGGCUGGUGGUCAUCGGGAUCUUUCUUCUUCCUUGUAUGGGCAGGGAUCGAUCUAGGGGCUUUGGGGCUUGGUCUCAAAGGGAAGGAUGCUGCGGAACGGAUCCAGCACCGGGUGCAACAGGGUUCCUGCACCUAUACGUUCCUGUUGCCAGAGGUGGGCAGCUGUGACUCCUCUGCUGCUGACUACCAGGUUUCCAACUCUCUCCAAAGAGAUGCCCCAUCUGUCUCUGAAGCCAAGUGGCCGGUAAAGAGGCUUCAGCAGCUGGAAGACAUCAUGGAGAACAACACACAGUGGCUGCAGAAGGCUCCAUUAGCAAUGGUUAAUGGAGCCUGGGAGCAUUUGAGUCAUUCCUGCUUCUGCAAAGGUAUGAGCAGCCAAGGACGUGGCGAGCGCUUCCUAGAGAGGAAGGUCCUGGCUCUGGAGGGGAAGCGUGAGGAGGAACUUCAAGGCCUUCGGUCGGAGAAGUUGGAAAUGCAACGAUUGCUUUCCAAGCAGAUGGACUUUGUUGGUCACCUGGAGCAGCGCCUGGGCAUGGCUCUCCUGAACAAUACAGCCCUGCAGAAGCAGCAGACCUCGCUAGCUGAGACGGUCAAGCACCUUAUAGGCUUGGUGUCCCAAUGCAACCAAAUUUCCCUGCCCUCUUUGGAAGAGCAGACGACAUUCAAGGACUGUGCAGCUGCCUACAAACUGGGAUUUACCAAAAGCGGAGUCUACACCAUAAGGGUCCCCAAUACUACAGAGACUGCUAAAGUACUUUGUGAUAUGGAAACCAGUGGAGGUGGCUGGACCGUGAUCCAGCUCCGAAAGGAUGGGUCUGUGGAUUUCCAGCGCACCUGGAAGGAAUACAAACAGGGCUUUGGAUCCCCACUUGGAGAGUACUGGCUGGGCAAUGACUUGAUCCACUCACUCACAAACCAAGGUUCCUAUUCCCUUCGUAUCAAACUCCAAGACUGGGAAAACAUCGAAGCCUAUGCCCUAUACGAACAUUUCCAAGUCGGCCCUGAGGAGCAGAAUUAUCGGCUUUAUGCAAGGAAAUACAGUGGCACAGCCGGACGGACAAGCAGCCUAAGUCCUUCGGGGACAGAAUUCAGCACCAAGGAUGUUGACAAUGACCGCUGUGCCUGCAAGUGUGCACAGAUGGCGGGUGGAGGCUGGUGGUUUGAUGCAUGUGGACCCUCAAACUUGAAUGGCAUUUACUUCCCACCUUCACCUGCCAUGAUGAGAUACAACGGCAUGAAGUGGCACUAUUGGAAAGGGCCCAGCCAUAGCCUCAAGAUGACCAGCAUGAUGAUCCGACCUGUGGAUUUCAGAGAGGACUAAGGGAGCCUGUUGUCGGUUGCCAAAAGGCUGAGAUGGAUAGCCACAAGGGAACCCAGGCACAGAAUGGUGACUCCUUUCAGACUUGUGCAAAGGAUUCUUGGCAUACUGGGAACACUGUUUGUUGACCACAAAGGAACAGCAGCCACACAAUAAGCCCAAGAUGCAUCCCAAGUCUUUAUGUCAUUGUGACUGUGCAAAUACAGUAUGACACCCCCCCCCCCAUAACCACGUUACUAAUAUCUAUGGUUUUACUUACGUAUCCCAUGAGGGAAAUGGUCUCUAUAUGCUAGGUUCCCCCAAGAGAUUCUAUGGUAUGUUGUCCCUAAAAGUUACCAUAAAAUUACACUGGAAGACCUAGUAAAUUUCUAGAGAGGAUGCCCCUCGAGUAAUCGUUAGGUCCUCCAACAUAACUUUAGAACCAUAUGUCAUAUUAUUCAACUGUGUUUGGUUGUAUCUAUGGUUCCCGGUGAUCACCGUCUAGCUGAAAAUCGUUCCCCAACAGAUUCAGGGAUCUUACUGUAUAUAACUUGGUCUUUUCAUAUAAUACUCAACAGCCCACCAAUGAAAGCAUCUGAGCUGUAGCUUUUCUAAAAUAUGAUUUGUAGGAUGUAUCGCUUGAAAAUAUUUUCCUCUUGGGUGGUGGAGGAAGAACCGGGAGCAAUCAAAUACAUCUUCAAUGUUUUCCAUUGCUUUUUUAUCAGAAAACAUGAUACAAAUGCACCCCAAUGUAUUCAGUACUAUAAUUCAUUGUGGAAUACAGUGCAUCUUAUUAUUUAUACAUUUUAGUGAUCGGUUUGUUUUGACAUUAGCUUUUUAGUGACUGAUAACAGAGCUUGAAAAACUACAUUUUAAGAGUAAUUAGCUGCAGUGCAAGGCAUUCCCCAAUUGUUCCUGAAAUCGUGAGAGUUGUAGUUUUUCAAGGUCAAAGACUGAUGGUGCCUCAUCAAACUACAACUCCCAGAAUACCAUAGCAUUGAGCUAUGAUAGUGAAUGUGGUAUCAAACUGCAGUAAUUCUACAGUGUAGAUCAGCGUUUCUCAGCCUGGGGGUUGGGACCCCUGGGGAGGGGGUCGAGUGUGGGUUUCAGAGGGGUCUCCAAAGACCAUCAGAAAAUAUAUAUUUCUGAUGGUCUUGGGAACCCCUUUAGCAGAGAAGGUUGAAGAUCUUUCCACCUGUCCUUCUCUUUGUCAUGAUCUCUAGCUCAUGUCAUACAACUGUCAGCCAGCCGCUAAAACACAGAGCACAUGGUCAUGGGCCAAAAGGUAGUACAGGACAUAUGAACCAGCCAUAAAACUCAAUUACCCAAAGGUGGGUGGAGAACUAGGCUCUGGAAUGUGGAAAGGGGCAACCUCCAGGUACCAGGAUUCUUGAGUGAUUUAUGAUAUUGUAGGUAAAGGUAAAGGUAGUCCCCUAACAUUAAGUCCAGUCAUGUCUGACUCUGGGGGUUGGUGCUCAUCUCCAUUUCUAAGCCGAAGAGCCAGCGUUGUCCAUAGACACCUCCAAGGUCAUAUGGCCGGCAUGACUGCAUGGAGCGCCGUUAUGAUAUUGUAGGUAGGCCUAUAUAGGAGGCCAGUAGAGCAAGACUCUUUGGAAACAGACAAGGAAUCCUCCCACCAAAAGAUCUCCUCCGCUAUGAUUGGCCAGCCUCUCAGCCGGUCUCUCAGACAAGGGGAGGGCUGUUUCUGAGACGCCAAGUGGGGAAGGGGAGAGCAGGCGUACUCGGCACAUGGCAGCGUGGUGCAUAUGUGCAGGCAAGGGAGAGCAUGUGAGGCUGGAGGGAGGCACAGUAUUUUCUGUUGGUCAUGGGGGUACUGCGUGGGAAGUUUGGCUCAAUUCUAUCAUUGGUGGGGUUCAGAAUGUUCUUUGAUUGUAGGUGAACUAUAAUUCCCAGCAACUACAACUCCCAAAUGUCAAAGUCUUUUUCCUCAAACUCCAUCAGUGUUCACAUUUGGGCAUAUUGAGUAUUUGUGCCAUGUUUGGUCCAGAUCCAUCAUUGUUUGAGUCCACAGUGCUUUCUGGAUUUAGGUGAACUACAACUCCAAAACUCAAGAUCAAUGCCCACCAAACCCUUCCAGUAUUUUCUGUUGGCCAUGGAAGUUUUGUGUGCCAAGUAUGAUCAAUUCCAUCGCUGGUGGAGUUCAGAAAACUCUUUAAUUAUAGAUGAACUAUAAAUCCCAGCUAAUCAAGGUGGUCAGUUGAAACAUUCACACCUAGCUCCAGCAGACAAGAGUCCUUUGUCUCACCCUGGUCAUUCCACAGAUAUAUAAACCCCUUUUGCCUAGUUCCAACAGACCUCACUACCUCUGAGGAUGCUUGCCAUAGAUGCAGGCGAAACGUCAGGAGAGAAUGCCUCUAGACCAUGGCCAUAUAGCCCGAAAAAACCUACAACAACACACUAUAAAUCCCAGCGACUACAUCUCUCAAAUGGCAAAACAACCCCCUUCCCCAGUAUUCAAAUUUGGGUGUAUUGGGUAUUUGUGCCAAAUUUGUUCCGGUGAAUGAAAAUACAUCCUGCAUAUCAGAUAUUUACAUUACAAAUCAUAACAGCAGCAACAUUAAAAUUAUGAACACUUAUUUACUUUACUUACUUAGGCGAUCCCUCGCUUUCCGAGGAGGAUUGUCUUCCAGUAUUCUUGUGGGUCCGUAUGUGGCCGUGGAGCCCUAUUCUUGUUCUGCAUCUUCUUCCGCAGUGAGGGCAUUGGUUUCCAGGUGGAAGGCGGUCUCGGUCGGGGUUGGCUUGACACGCCUUCCUCUUGGCGCACUUCUCCCUUUCGUCCUCCAUUCGUGCCUCCUCAAAUUCUGCAGCACUGCUGGUCACAGCUGACCUCCAGCUGGAGCGCUCAAGG